AUGGACUAUGAGGUGGGAAGCUAUGCAUCCUCAGCAGUAUGUGAUGUGUUGGACUUCACCUGUUAUGAGGACUUAAUGGGUAAAACCUCGCCCAUGGAGUUGUCAGUGAUACCUAAUGCUGAUGAACAGCAGCAGGAGGUGGAGAUAUAUCAACCUUUGAAAGUCUACUUGAGAGUCAGACCCUUCUCUAAAGCAGAGCUUGAAAGCAAUGAAUCUCAGGACUGUGUAAUUAUUGAAAAUCCAGAAACAGUAACUCUACAGGCACCCAAAGAAUCCUUUACAAUGAAAAACAGUGAAAAGGGGAUUGGACAGUCUGUACACCAGUUCACCUUCACUAAGGUCUUUGGUCCAGAAACUACUCAAAGUGACUUCUUUGAAGGCACAAUGAAAGAGAUAGUAAAAGCUUACAUUGAUGGAGCAAAUGGACUGGUGUUUACCUAUGGGGUUACUAAUGCAGGCAAAACAUUCACUAUUCAAGGUUCUCCAAAAGAUGGUGGUAUUUUGCCUCGUUCUCUUGAUAUGAUUUUUCACCACAUAAGAGGAAGACAAUAUCUGAAGAUGAACUUGAAACCAUACUUAAGCAAUGAUGUAAAGAAGCUAGAUGUGACACAGGUUAAACAAGAGGAAAUUAUAAAAGCUGCUGCUCUUGCUUCUCUGAAAGAGGACAUGGAAGAUACUUCGAAAUGUACAAUUCAGAGUGAUUCAUUAUGUAUCUUGGAAUCUGUGUCUUCUAGCAGCUGUACUUCAACAAGUCUGCCUUCUGACCCGCUAGUGAAGGACUCUGUUUUACUUGACGCCGAUGGGACUAAGCAUCAGAGAACGCAGUCUUCAGUGUGGGUUUCCUUCUGUGAAAUUUAUAAUGAGUAUGUGUAUGACCUUAUGGAUGUAUUGGCUAUAUCAAAAAAUCAAAAACGCAAAGUUCUAAAAAUCUGUGAGGAUCAAGGAGGAAACUCUUAUAUAAAAGACUUAAAGUGGAUCAACGUUCAGAGCACUGAAGAGGCUUGCAAAAUACUAAAAAUAGGAAACAAGAACCGAAGCUUGGCUUGCACUAGAAUGAACCAGCACUCAAGUAGAAGUCACAGCAUAUUUUCUAUCAGACUACUAAGACUAAGUGAUGAGGCUGAGCCUUGUAUUCUUGGAGUUUCCGAAAUGUCUCUCUGUGACUUGGCUGGGUCUGAACGGUGCAAUAAGACACAAACUUUUGGAGACAGACUAAAAGAAGCAGGGAAUAUUAAUAAUUCUCUUUUUAUUCUUGGGAAAUGCAUUGCAGCACUGAAGCAGAAGCAGAAUCCUAAUGUGAAACACAGCUAUAUUCCAUUCAGAGAGAGUAAACUCACCCGCCUGUUUCAACCGUUCUUCUGUGGUAAAGGCAAAGCUUGUAUGAUUGUCAACGUUAAUCAGUGUGCCUCCACUCACAGUGAGACAUUACACGUAAUGAAAUUUUCUGCUACAGCCAAACAGGUUAUUCAGACAAUCCACCCCCAAACCUUUGGAUAUUUUGCUCCAAAACUGGUUGGGAAGAAUUGCAAGCCUAUAGUACAUUUUGAUGCCAACAUAUCUGCUGAAGAGGUUCCUGAUGAAGAUAUAGAUACCUCCUCUGAAGAGGAAGUGGACAUCACCAUCAUGACCCAUGAGGAGCUCUUGAAAACUACUGAGAACCUGAAGAAGAUGCUAGUUGCAGAAAGGCAGAGUAAACUUCUUCUUGAGGUGCAGCUACGUAAAGAGAUGGCAGAAGCCAUGUUUCAACAACUGUUGGAAACCGAGGAAACCUGGAGUAAACGCUUGGAAGAUAUGAGAGAAAGUUAUGAGGAAAAAUUGGAGAAUAAAUUUGAAAUGUAUAAGGAAGCUAUAAAGAAACAUGCAUAUAUGUGUGCAAUGAAACAAAUUGAAGACCACUAUGUUCCAAUAGAAGAGUUCGUAGUUGAACAAGAGAAAGUUGAGGACAGAGAUAGGAAAAUAUUAGAGUUGCAACAAAAAUUUGGAGAGCGGUCAGAUGGAUUGUUGGCUUUGGGAAUCCCAAAUUCAGAUGUGUUGACUGCAGAAGACAAAGUGAAAUCAGAUCUUAAAUAUAAGGAGAUGCAGAGAACUUCAGAAGUAUUGCAGAGACAGUGCGAUGAGAAAGAUGAGCUUAUAAAAUCUCUGAAGCUUAAAAUACACAAAUUAAAUGAAACCUUACAAGAAAUGAAUGAAGUCUGCAGAAAAACAACCGAGGAAAACAAUAGACUGACACACGUGGUAAUGCUCAAGGAACAAGAAAUGAGAAGUCUUCAGAACUGGGCUAAACGUGUCCUUGAGCUUGAAGCGACAGUGUCUCUUCUGCAAGAAGAACUAGAUGAGAGCAAAAAGCACUUGUAUUCAGAAGAUCUUAAGGAGCAAAAACCCAAGAGAGGCUUGUUUGCUAAUCUAAAAUCUACAGUAGCAGACACUUCUAAAACACCUGUUGGCAAAACCUUGGGGAAAUCUGAAGACUCUCCAACUAUGUCAAGAAAACAAGCUACUUUUACACGUAAAGUAAAAGAAUAA